GUACUAUGAUUUUGUUGGGUCAUAGUCCCUGAUGGGGGUGCCUGUCCAAGCCCACCAAGGUCUGACUGGCCUAGAACUGGCUGAACCCAGGCUGGAGGAGUGAUGUGCUGGCCGCGGGCAUGGGGCCAAAUCCUCUUGCCAGGUUUCCUCUCCGUCUUUCUCAUUCAGCUGCUUAUCAGCUUCUCAGAGAAUCACUUUUCCCAAAUCUCCAGACAGAGGGGCAAGCAGAGACCAAAAUCUCUGGAUGAUGAGUGUGCUGUAAAGAAAAAUUGUCAAUUGUGCACAGAAGAUAAAAAAUGUUUUUGGUGCAGUGAAGAAAGGGCUUGCAAAAAAAUGUGUUUUCCAUAUUUUGGGUGUCGAUUCAUUUCUGUGUAUUGGUUGAACUAUAGAAUUGACAUAUUUGGAUUCCUGAUGCUUCUAUUUGUCAUAAUAUUAAUUACAGGGCUCAUUUGGUAUUAUUCUGCGGUCUGCAUUGCUGGAGUUUAUAUUCACCGUGGGACUAUAGCUGCUGAAUAUGAUGAAUAGAUAACUGAAAAAGACAGAUCUUCCAGAGUGAGAAAGAGGGAGUUUCUUCAAUGGCCUUCCAGUACCAUGUUGAUU